AUGGCGAGUGUGAAGCGUCAUGCGGUCCAUUUAGAAGACGAAGAUAAACGACCCAAAAAAGAGAAAGUUUCAAAGAAUACGCUGGAAAGUGAUGAAGAAAUUGGUGAUGAUGAAGAGGGUGGACGAAUGGAUGAGGCAGAAUUGCAAGUUGGCCAAGAGCCUGAAACAAUUGGCUUUGAUAGCGAUAUUGUUAUAACUCCUUUCAAUAUGCGUGAAGAGUUGGAAGAGGAGGGCCAUUUUGAUGCAAGUGGAACCUUUAUUUUCAAGCGAACCAACGACGUGGGUGACAAUUGGUUAGAGGACGUCGAUUGGAAUGAAGUGCGUCGAAACGAGCAGGCGGGUGGAGGCGGCGGUGGUGGGCCUAAGGCGACAACAAUAGUUGAGGAGGAAGCGUUACCGGAAGUAACGGCUGAUCUGCAGACUGAGCUCUAUCACCGUGCCGCCUCCCUCCUUCGGCCCGGCGAAACGGUGCUGCGUGCCCUUCGCCGCCUCGGCCCGAAGCGCUCUGCCACCUCCACUGCUCAGGGACGGAGCUGGAUGCGCCGGAAGGACGGCAGCACUGCUAGUGCCGUGAAGACUCUCUCACCGGAUGAUGCUGCAAACGCUGAGGCCUUUGCGAGUCUUACUGAAUUGGCCAACGAUCUGCUGGGCAGCGGUGAUUUCGACAUCUACCAGAAAACCAAAGAAGUAAUCGAGGAUCUAGUCGCUUCUCGGACACAGAACAACGAGGAAAACGAAUUGAACGCUCUUGGUGCUGUAAUUGAUGAUGAGGCGGGCAUCGAGCCGUCACGUGGUGAAACCGAAGAAAAGCAGGAAGGCGUAACGCCAGCAACAAAGUGGUUGGUGAAACGGGCCAAGACGGCAGAGGCAGAUGUACGAAUUGAGGGUCCCUUCGAGGAAGCUGUGUUGCGACAGUGGCUCGAGUCGACACCAUCAGUGGACAUCUUCGUCAAGCGUCAGGAUGUAAAUGAGGAGUUUCGCAGACUCUCAUCCAUCGACUUUGACAAACUCAAAGCCCUCUUCACUUAA